CAAAUAAUAUGGAGCGCAAGUGCUUUACGAUUGAUCUGAAGCAUUAAUUUGACGACAAGCAUUCGCUCAGUACGUAAGCGACUCCGCGCCAAGACGGAGCUUAGCUUUUUAAGACAGUGUUUAGCGGUUUUGUGGUGAAAAAUAAGUGUGAAUGCGGUGCCAAAGUGAUUAUUUAUUUAUGCAAUAAUAUCAAUCAGUAUAUGUACUUUAGCCAUACAUAUACACACACAAGAUGAAAGUCAAGUGCACAAGUUUAUCUUCGCCGCGGAUCACAAUGAAAGUGAAAACAUUGCGGCAACUAUUUUUGCCCACACUGCUAGUACUAAGCGCGCUCACAACGAGCAGUGCAAAACCCACGGAUAUAGCAAGCGAAGUGAUAGCCGCCAAUAUCACGACAGCAGACGACAGUUCACAGCACCCAACUGCAAAUCUCAUUCUAAGUGUCGCCGAUAAUGAGACAGCAGCGACUACAGAGCAGUCUGCAGCGAAUGCAGUGAAUGCCGCGUAUAAUGGACUGAACGAAAUCGAAAGCGAAUAUCGUGCCGAAUAUGCCAAGAAAAUGCUAACCUAUAUGAAUCAUUCCGUUGAACCGUGCGAUGACUUCUAUGAGUAUGCCUGUGGCAAUUGGAAGAAUGUGAUGACCGAACAUCAAUCGCAACAUAAACGCAGUAAUCUGAUUGAUAUAUUCUAUAGUUUAGGUGAGGCCAUACAACAGUUGCUCGAGAAUGAAAAAGUACCUAAGGCAGAUUUCCCAUAUAAAUCGGAAUUGAAAUUGGCCAAGCGUAUUUAUAAAGAUUGUGUAGCGGCUGAUUUGCAUCCGUUAAAGAAGUCCGAAGUGUACUUGGAUGUGAUCAAGUCGAUUGGUGGCUUUCCCGCCGUCGAUCCCACAUGGAAACCGGAUAACUUCAGUUGGUUCAAUAUGAGCGCACACAUGACCAAUUAUGGUGCGCUGGGUUUGAUUAAAGAGGAAAUACUGCCGCAAUAUCCAUUCCCGCCCUAUUUCAAACUACCCGAUCUGGGUUUCGAAUACAUCGUACACUCCGACAAUAUACACACGAAUAGUUCGAAAGAGUUAAACGAGAAACGUAUGCGUAAUUAUUUGCGUUUGUAUGGUGUGGAUGAUGAGCAGAAAAUCGAACAGAUCAUUGGCGAUAUUGUGAAUGUUUGGUCGGCAAUACUCAAUAUCACCAAUAAGUUUGAUGAGGAUAUGGCGAAAUGUGAAGUGAUGUCAGCAAUUUAUGGCGAAGAUACAUUCCCGUUGUGGGAUAGUUAUUUGGAGAUAGCAUGGAAUGGCACGACAUUCGAACUGGGCGAUGAUGAGGACACUUGGCCAUGUCAUUACUUUUACAAUAAAUUGGAUGAAGUAUGCAAUGAGCAUAAGGAGGCGAUAGCUAAUUAUUUCGCUUUGAAAUUCAUCUAUCGCAUGGAUGCACGUUUGCAGGAUAAGAAAUUUCAAACGGAACAUUGUAACAUGAUGAUACAGUUUGUAUUGCCGCAUCUGCUGGAUCAAAUCUACAUGGAGGAAUACUUUGGCAAUGAAAUCCAUGGCGAAAUUAGCGACAUCGUCAACGAGGUGCGCAAGAGUCUGCGUGAAAUAUUGGAGCAAGCCGAAUGGUUGGACGAGAAAACGCGUGAGCAAGCGCUGCUUAAGGAGGCCGCUAUCAGACCGCACAUUGGCAGUUUUGAGAAUAAGAAUUUAACCGAUCGUUUGAUACGAGAAAUCAACCAGUUCAACUUUGUGGAAGACAAUUAUGAACUAAAUUUGGUCAACUUAUACAAAUUCCGUACAAUGCAGCGACGUUUCAACGGACUACAUCACAAGGAAUAUGACAACAACACAAUGAAACCGCUGGAGCUGCUCAAGGGUAUACAAGUGAAUGCCUUUUACUACAACGUCGAUAAUUCGAUUUAUGUAAUGGCUGGCAUUUUACAUCCGCCCGCCUAUCAUAAGGCAUGGCCAGCGGCAUUAAAAUUCGGCACCAUUGGCUAUUUGGUGGGGCACGAGUUUACACAUGGCUUCGAUUCGGUGGGUGCGCAUUACAAUAGCGUUGGUGCGGAGAAUUACUGGUGGUCGGAGAAGGCGGGCAAGGUGUUCAACGAGCGCGAAGAGUGUUUUGUCAAUCAAUACAAUGGCUAUGAGAUAGCGGAAAUCAAACGUAAUGUGGAUGGUAAUCAGACAAAAGACGAAAAUAUUGCCGAUAGUGGUGGCUUGCGUGAGGCAUUGUCUGCCUAUCACAGGCAUGUGAAGGAAUUAAACUUAUCGCCAAAGGAAGAACAGAUGCCCGGUCUGGAUCUAACACCCGAACAGCUGUACUUUGUGGGCUUUGCACAACUCUGGUGUGCUUCGUACAAGGAGAAGCACUACUGGGAGGAGUUGAAGAAUGAGCAUACAGUGGACAAAUUCCGUGUCUUGGGCGCCGUAACGAAUAUUGAAGAUUUUAGCAAAGCCUACAAUUGUCCGGUGGGUAGUAAAAUGAAUCCAACCAAAGACAAAUGCCGCGUAUGGUAGCUUUAUAUCUCUUAAAUGUUUUAUAAUAAUACGUCAAAUUUCGUAUGUAGCUUUAUAUAUGUGUGGAUGGAACUUUUUGAAACUUUACAAUGUUUAAUAAUAAAAAAAAACUACUUAUAACCAUUCAUACAUAGCAUACAUAAUAGAUAUCGAUUUAUAUAUGCUUGUAAAUAAAUUCAAAAAAAUUUUUACUUAGGGAAAUCAAAUAAAAUUUUUGUUACUAAAACCGGCUAAAAGAGUAAAGCUUUAUGUGAACGACCGUUAAUGCAAAUAAACGAGUGUUGUGGUCUCAAAGCGUGUGUGUCAUCAAUCUGGUUUUAGUAAUUAAACUGCCAAAUCUUAGAACUUAGUCGCCUACUGGAAUUGGUUUAUAAUAUAGAAAUGUUUAUACGUUACAUAUAUAAUGUUUACUUUCAAAAAAAACAAUAAUUAAAUGAGCAAAUGCAUUGCAUUAACAAUAUGUUAAGUGGAAAUAACAAGAAAAAAAUUUUAUAUAAUAUAUGUACGUAUUUGAGUUAAAUUGUGAUGGGUCAUAACCCCAUAAGUUUACAGACAUGCUUUUUGUUGUUUAAUAUUUGUAGAAUAAUGCAUUCUCAUUAUGAGUAGAUGUGCUAAUGGCAUCUUGCACAUUCAUAUAUACAGUUAUUAUUAAAAGGUCUGUUUACUUUUCAGAUGUUGAUUCAAAAAAAGCUAAAGCACUUUUUUACUUUGAAACGCAAGUGAAAACUUUUUUUUUGUUCAAAACUACGAAUUCUUCAAGAAUGACUAAAGUCAUUUUGGAGACGAACUGUUAUAAUUUAUAAUUAUAAAUAAAGUCUUCUCCAUUUCAUUUAUGA